CUCACGCGCGGGAACCCAACUUAAACUUUCGGGACCCGACUUGCUAGUGAGCGCGAAAGUAAUGUGCAGCGCAAAAUGUUGAAAUAACUUUUCCAUAAAAAUUAACGGACUAAAGAAUUUUAAAAAUGGCGCAAUUCAAAUUAUUCAAAAUGAUUAUUAAAACUGUGUUGACUUUACUUUUUAUGAUGUACUUUGACGGAGUUACCAAAGGUCAUGUGCGAAGUGAUGUGGUUUCUAUUGGCGCGGUCUUCGAUAAAACCACGGACGAGAUACAAGAAGCGUUCAAGCUCGCUGUAAUACAGUUCUCAAAUGCGAACAGAACACGCUGGGAGUUUCAACUCUUUGUUGAUGUUAUAAACACAGCAGACGCCUUCAAGUUAUCACGACUCAUUUGUAACCAGUUCAAUCGGAAUGUGAUAUCCAUGCUGGGUGCAGUGAUGGCCGACUCAUUUGAUACCCUUCACUCGUACACAAACACCUUCCAGCUGCCUUUCAUGACUCCAUGGUUCCCAGAAAAGGUGAUACCGCCAUCGUCCGGCCUGAAGGACUACGCAGUGAGCAUGCGUCCGGAUUAUCAUCAAGCUGUGAUAGAUACAAUCACUUACUACGGAUGGAAGAAUGUCAUUUUCAUCUACGAUUCGCAUGAUGGUCUGCUUCGUCUCCAACAGCUGUACCAAAGCCUGCAUCCCUCUAAUGCAACAUUCCGCAUUACGAAUGUAAAACGCAUCUCCAAUGCUACAGAUGUUAUAGAAUUUCUUGGCGCACUGGAGAAGCUCGACCGUUGGACCAACAAAUACGUUGUGCUCGACUCCUCUACACAAAUAGCGAAAGAAGCACUGAUUUUGCACGUACGUAGCGUGCAACUUGGCCGUAGGAACUACCAUUACUUUUUAAGUGGCCUGGUUAUGGAUGAUCGUUGGGAGAAAAAAAUCACUGAAUUCGGUGCCAUAAAUAUUACAGGAUUCCGUAUCGUUGAUUUUACUCGAAGAUUUGUACGAAAUUUUUCUGAAAUGUGGAAAAGGGAAACUAUCUCGGCGCAAGCUGCUUUGAUGUACGACGGAGUCCAAGUGCUUAUUGAUGCUAUCUUUCGUUUGCUGCGAAAGAAACCAGAUAUUUUAAGAGGACUGACACGACGAAGUGCACGCAGUAGUUCCAACAAAACUCUGGACUGUUUCCCCAAGAUUGGAACCGGGACUUACGAGAUAGGAGACAAGAUUUCAAGAUUGAUAAAAAAGACGGACUUAGAAGGCUUGACCGGCCCUCUCAGGUUUGACGAGAAAGGCACUCGAUGCAAUUUUAGCCUACAGGUAGUGGAAAUGACGGUUAAUAGGGACUUGGUGAAGAUCGGCACGUGGUACGACCACAAAGGCUUGAUCACCAGAAUCAAAAGACCAAAAUACGCUGUCGGUAAAUACAAUCGUAACAAGACAUACAUUGUGUCUACAAUUGAAGAACCUCCCUAUGUGAUUCGUGACCAAGAACCAGCUGUAACUUACCCAUUUAGAGGCUUCUGUGUAGAUCUAGCAUUCUUGAUCUUUCAAAAAAUGGAAAUUAACUAUGAACUGCGUACAGUUAAAGAUGGUAAAUACGGCAAAGAGAAUACAAGACGGGCCGGUGGUUGGGACGGAAUGGUCGGAGAACUUAUAAGAAAGGAGGCAGAUCUAGCGAUUGCUCCACUAACGGUUACCCCUGAAAGAGAGGGGGUGGUUGACUUCAGUAAACCAUUUCUAUCAUUCGAUGCAAAACCAGAGAAACCUGAUUUCGAGAACGCAAGCACAGUAUUUACUUUUCUUCAUCCGCUGUCGAAAGAGAUAUGGCUUUGCAUAUUAUUCAGUAUGUUCGCCGUAAGCAUCGUACUGUUUUUUGUAUCGAGAUUCUCUCCAUCCGAGUGGCGCCUCGUAUCUGUUACAGAAUCACAAUCAAACGAACACAAUGAAGUCGCUACGACCAAGACGACGGUUAUAAACGAAUUCAGUUUCUGGAAUUCUAUAUGGUUCUCGAUCGGAUCCUUUAUGCAACAAGGCAGUGAUAUUUCUCCGAGGUCUCUAUCUGGGCGCAUAGUUGGAGCGGUUUGGUGGUUUUUUACUUUGGUUGUGAUAUGUUCGUACACUGCUAAUCUUGCGUCGUAUUUAACAUUGGCUCGUAUAUCUGAUCCGACACAGCUAUACAUUAAAGUAACGUCUUGCCCUGAGGACCUUUUGUACGGACAACAACAACCUGAACUCAUUGAACCACCAACAACAGAAUCAUCGGAAGUUGUCGAUGAACAUGGUUGGCUAUUUUUCUUAUUAGAUCGUUCAUCUUUGAGUUGGAAAAAAAACACUAUAGAAAGACCGUGCGAGAUGGUGGUUACCACAACCAAACCAGGACUGAUAGACUUUGCCGUGGCUUUUCCAAAGGGAUCCGAACUUAGGGAUGGUGUCAAUAUCGUUUUACAAAAACUGAGAAAAGAUGGCGAUUUACAAAUUCUGCUUCGUAAAUGGUUCAUUAAGACUGAAUGUGAGGCGCAUGAGCAGAGUUUUAAUGGACUUGAACUUACAUUGGGACAAGUUGCCGGCUUAUUUUACAUUUUGAUGGGUGGCUUGCUGCUGGCAUUAGCUGUUGCACUAUUUGAAUUCUUCCAAUACGGUCGGGUCCAAGCUGCGAAGGCUAACAUACCACUGCGUGCAGCAUUUAAAGCCAAAUCGAGAUUGCCAAACCUUCCCGAAAUUAAAACCACCCAGCGACCUGCCCCGCAACGUGAACAAGAACGCAUCGACUGGAAUAGCGGACCGUACUCUGGUUACUACACGCCGGCCAGCCACAUUGCCCAGGAGGAGACCGCCCUGCGAGCCAGUUUUGCACAAGUCUGAUGCUCAACCCGGGACGCGGGCACCGUCCGUCGUGCGUCCCACGCUCGCCAGUUGUCUGACUCCUUUGAACUCUACCAACUGUAAGUUCACUGGAGCGUACAUCUCGGUUAGCGAACAUCUAUAACAAGCGCUAACAAUCUUGAAGACAAUUCCGUUUUAAUGUUAGUGAAAUAUGCCAUACGUGCCAAAUAUAUAUCGAUGUACGGGCAAUUUCAUAUCUACUCUUAACGGAUAAUUGUCGUAAGCGCUAAGGAUACAUUCCUUAUGAUAUUCUAUAGAUAGUCAUGGAAUAAUUAAAUUAUUUAAUGUAGAAUAAUUGCGUAUCAUUGAUUCGCCGAUGCGAUAUUAUCAAUCUGUAACGGUUUAACUAAUAUUCACUAUGUACGUAGUUGGGUUUCGUCGACCUACUUCAAAUUGAUGUUAUUUGAUAAGAUAUUAAUCAUUAUAGAAGCUGCGAAAUAGUUACUUCAUGUUUGUUUUUCUUAUAACGUUCGUAGGAUCAUUGUAUAUUUCUUACAUCUUCGAAACCCUUUCAUUAACUUUAUAAUAUGUGACUAAUAAUGUUAGAUUUCAGGCAGACUUUUAACUCAUAAUAAUUACCACAUUACCAAACAUCUCUCGACAAAUUUCUUUUGUAUUAUGCGAAAUCUUAAUAUAGUAGAUAAAUAUCAGGGUCGUGUAUUAUAUAACGAGUUUAGUGAAAAAAAAAACUUUUUUCAAUUAGACUAAAUAAAUAAAAUUUCCGUAAAUAAAAAAAAUACACGGUAGGUAGCUUAAGACCUGGAAAAAAUUGAAAUCUGGAUGACCCUAAAUGAUUACUAUAACGUAGCGAAUUUUUUUAGCUUUGUUUUGCUGUUCCUGAAAUCUUACUGUUCAGAUUCUAUUCCAAAUUUUAGUUGAA